UGGCAGACACAUGCAGCGUGGCAGCACGGAGCGGCAGUUGGGUUUGGAAAGAGAUGUGAAGCCAGGUUUCGCCAACGAUGACCUACAUUCACUCCUUUUUGCCUUCUCCAUUUUUUCCCCUCCCAGCCUCUCUCCAUCUGGUCUUUUUGAGGAAGCCAAGUGCUGAGACUCUGAACACUCGUGUAAGGGGUGGAACAUUAUUCAGACUGCAGCUUGAACCACAGAGGUGAAACAACGUUUUUCCACCAGAGUCUGAACAAGGCAGCUGACGAGACUCGCUGAAGACAGGGCACGUGUCGGGAGAGCGCUUUAUCGAGGACUGAUUUACAGAAAACUCAGAAAUAUCUGAAAUACAGAAAUAUCUCUGAAGAUGAACAACUCCAGCACUGUCCCAUGCGCCGGCGAGUGGAGUGCCGAUUUCCAGUUCUACCUCUUCCCCAUCACCUACAUCCUCGUGAUGGUGUUUGGUCUGCUGGGGAAUCUGGGAGCUCUUUACAUCUUCAUAUUCAAAGCAGAGCACAAGUCCCCGUCGAGAGUUUACAUCAUCAGCCUGGCCGUAGCUGACACCAUCUUCCUGUGCGUGCUCCCCUUCCGCAUUCACUACCACCUAAAUGGCAACGACUGGACAUUCGGAAAGGUGGCUUGUCGUCUGACGGGUACGCUGUUCUUCGCCAACGUCUACAUCAGCAUCGCUUUCAUGAGCUGCAUUUGUGUGGACCGCUACCUGGCCACCGUCCAUCCCCACACGUACCUGCGUCUCCGGAACACACGCUGCGCUCUUGUCGUGUCCGCCUGCGUCUGGUUGCUUGGCGGGGGGGUCAUUUUAGCCUUCAUUUUAACUUCGCCAGACAUGCACGUCAUCAACGGGAAGGCAAGCUGCUUUGAGAACUUCUCCGAGAACGAAUGGAAGACGAGUCUGGCUCCGUACAGUGCCUUCAGCCUGGUUUUCGGCGCCUUGCUUCCAUCAAUCGUUAUCCUGGUGCUCUACCCGGUGGUGGCACGUCGGAUCUCGUGUAUCAAGACCCGUACAGCGCGCGGUGCCUUGAGGAUCAUCUACACCGUCCUGGCCAUCACGGUCCUCUGCUUCUUGCCCUACCACCUAGUGUACUUUCUGCACCUGCUGUGGCGGACUCAGGUCAUCCAUGACUGCUUGCUGGCGGAUAUUAUCUACAAAGCCAGGCGCAUUACCAUGGCGCUGGUCAGCUUGAACAGCCUGCUCGACCCAGUGCUGUAUUACUUCGCCACCAGCCACUUCAAGUGGAAGUGCACAUGGAACUUCAAGCUGCUGAAGCCAAAGAAGAGGAAAGGCGUCUACGUCAUCUCGGAGGGGCUACAAUGCCAGUGAGGAAACAAAUCGAAAUUGUCGAAAUUUCUAAGAAUCGAUAAUUCGAUGGGACAAACAUGGACGCCUGUGUGACUCAGUUUAUAAGCGUAUUGAAAGGAUUUUUUUGGUAACUGUUUAGAAUAACCUCAUCUUAAUCUUCUAUUAAAAAAAAAAAAAAAAACACAAACAUGCAGGCUGGAAAAAAAUCCAGUUCUGAAAUCUUGCUAUAAACUCUUUUAUGUGAUUCAGUGAUUUUUCCAUAAAAUCUUGAACACUGUCAGUUUUAUUAUGUUGUAUAUUAUAAGCUAAAACACAGCUUGUGAAAGGAAAAGGAACACAUUCAUGAUUAAAGCGCCAUUGUGCAGCGCUGUCUAGCCUAAAAUAGUUGGUUUGGUGGUUUAGUUCUGGUUUAGUAGUGUCGCGUUCGUCCAUACCAUCUGUCACAGCCAUCAACAUUUUGUACAGUCCUGUGCGAAAGACUUGAUCUAUCCCUCAUUCCUUCAUAUGAAAUUAAAUGAUGUAGAUUACGUUUAAUGUAGAAGCUUUUUCCUGAAACAGGCUGCAAAGUGCUUAAAGGAACAAUUUAAAAAAAAGAGGUUGUUUAUGUACCGACCUCAGCGGCAACCUCAUCAUUUCCCCUCCCGUCAGGUUCCAACCACUUGGCAUUUAAUCAUUAUCUGCACCUGUUUCUCACAGUUUUUUUUUUUUUUUUUUGAGUGAUUUCUUUUAUUAUGAAAGAUUCAUGCCACUGUGUGGCUUAACAGACUAAAAUAUUCCUCUGAAACUGCUUAGGUACAGGGACUGGACUGAGAAUGAGAACCACAAAAAAAAAUUCAUGAAGACUGCAGAACUGGUCCUUAAUAUUACACACACACUAUAUAUAUAUAUAUAUAUAUAUAUAUAAAUAAAACAACAACAAGAAAUUCUGACUUUUUAGAAGCAAAAGAUGAAGAAAUGAGAGGUGGUUUUUGGCUCAAGAUCUUUGACCAGGGCUGUAUGUUGUGGCUAUAAACAUGUAGCAGAAACAUCAAUGCAAGAUGUUUACAAAAGGAAAUGGUUUAUAGUGCUUUCACAUCCUACACCGAGAAGGAGGAUGACGAUGAGGAUGCUCUAGAAUGGUUUACGUCUAGGAGUAAGGGUUGGGAACGCGUAUAUCUACUGUAUGUGGUGUGAACACCACUGGAGGAAAGUCCCAAGAUGACGUGAACAACCAUAUAAUCAUAAGUGUACCUUUUAAUCGUAACAACUUCAAUUCAAUUCAAUUCAAUUUUUAUGGCACGAUAGUCAUCGUCGUGAAGCAGCUUUACGGAAUCAAAAAAGAAAAUUAGGGAAAUGAGUAUGAAAUGUGUGAGGAAAUAUGUAUGACCAUCUACAACCAUGAACAUAAGUUAGAAGUUUAUUUAAUGAAGUAAUUUUUAUUUCUAAAAUGGCAGCUGGACUGCAAGAAACGACAAGAUCUUUAUUUCUCAUUGUAAUUUUUUUUUUUUUAUUUCUAGUAUGCAAAGUUUGUUCUUACAGUUUUAAUUAAAGGCUUAGGUUGUAAAUAGAGAUGCUCAGUGCUUGUUUAGCUUGCAAACAUUUUUAUUGCUGUUUUUUAAAGCUUUCUCCUGCCAUAGUUACAGCAGCGCAUAGCACGUACUGUACAACAGCCAUCACUGAACAUUAUUUUAUAUGUUUUUAAAAAAAAUGUAUAUAUUAAAUAUGUAAAAAAAUAAAUAAAGGCGCAUUAGAGUGAAA